UUAUUUAAUUUUACCAUUUAAAAAUAUAUAAAAAGGUGGCAACGAAACUAAAAUUAAUUUGGAUUUUGAAAGUGUGUAGUUAAAAAUGAUUACUUUAUUUAUUGAACUUCUAUUGAAGCGAAGAUUAAAGUGAAUAAGAUUGAGUCUUCGCAUACAAUGAACCGGUUAUGUAAGUGGCAAGUCCAAAAAAAAGCUUCGAGCAGCGGAAAAAUGCUGUAUAACAUAGUACACCUCAAAGAAAUUAAAUUUCCGGAUCAAAUGAAAACAUAUUUCAGCCAUAUGCUCUCAGAAAGUAUUCGGAACAUCUUUCCGAGCAAAGGGAACAAUGCUACGUGAAAUGAAGCCAAAAAAACAGCAAAAUGGGCCAAACUUACACGCAUGCCUACGCUAACUUAACUUCGAUAAAUUACUCGCAAUCUUACGACGUAAUAGACGUUGAUAAAGACGUGUGUGCCGUCGCAGAUGACCCUAAAUAUCCAAGUAGCUUAGGAAUAACUCUGGCCGUGCCAGAAUGGGAGGCCAUUUGUACAGCCAUAGUACUGACCCUUAUUAUUAUCUCGACUAUUGUUGGUAAUAUCUUAGUAAUAUUAAGUGUGUUCACGUAUAAACCUCUUAGAAUAGUCCAAAACUUCUUUAUAGUAUCACUCGCUGUAGCGGAUUUAACAGUAGCAAUUUUAGUCCUUCCACUCAAUGUAGCUUACUCGAUUCUCGGACAAUGGGUGUUUGGAAUAUAUAUGUGUAAAAUGUGGCUAACAUGCGAUAUAAUGUGUUGCACAUCGUCCAUACUAAACCUUUGCGCAAUAGCUCUUGACAGAUACUGGGCAAUAACUGAUCCAAUAAACUACGCACAAAAGAGAACACUGGAACGGGUGCUUGUAAUGAUUGGAGUAGUUUGGAUAUUUUCACUAAUUAUUAGCUCUCCACCACUUCUUGGGUGGAACGAUUGGCCAGAAGUAUUUGAGCCAGAUACGCCAUGUCGGUUAACUUCACAACCUGGAUUUGUAAUUUUCUCUUCAUCUGGAUCUUUUUAUAUACCAUUAGUUAUAAUGACCGUAGUUUACUUUGAAAUAUAUUUAGCAACUAAGAAAAGGUUGAGAGAUCGUGCUAAAGCUACAAAAAUUAGCACUAUAUCAAGUGGGCAAAAUAGAUUUGCUUCGAAAGAAUCCGAUCAUAAUGACCAAGAUUCGGUAAGCUCGGAGGCGAACCAUAACGAACACCAAGGAGUCACACGUCUUGUAUCAGACAGUGAGAAGAAGAAGAAACCAAAAAAGGCAACCCCAAAAAAGAAACAAAGGAAACGAUAUUGGAGCAAAGAUGAUAAAUCACAAAAUAAGUUAAUUAUACCUAUUUUAUCGAAUGACAAUUCUGUCACAGAUAUGGCGGAUAAUAUUGAAAAUCGUAAUACGUCUUCUGAAAGUAACUCUAAAGAAACACACGAAGACGAAGUUGAGGUUAUUGAAACUACUAUAGCAAAGGUUCCGAAAAGAUCAAGACCUAAUCAACAGAAUACUGUUUACCAAUUUAUAGAAGAAAAACAGCGUAUUUCACUUACACGAGAGCGUCGAGCGGCUCGUACAUUAGGAAUUAUAAUGGGAGUAUUUGUCGUAUGUUGGUUACCUUUCUUUGUCUUGUAUCUUGUUAUACCAUUCUGUGCAAGCUGCUGUUUAUCCAAUAAAUUCAUAAACUUUGUGACAUGGCUUGGUUAUAUAAAUUCGGCAUUAAAUCCACUUAUAUAUACAAUAUUCAAUAUGGACUUUAGAAGAGCCUUCAAAAAACUACUUUGUUUCAAGCCUUGAGGAUUCAAAAACUUAACCAGCAAUCGUGCCAAACUGUUUGUGGUAGAAGUAGAUUUAAGCUUGUACUCAUUAAAGCCGCUGACUUGCUCAAACGUUUCGAAAGUUUCGAAAAUUUAUAAUUGUUCUACAAAUGUAGUGAGUUGUGAAUAAUAUUUAUGAAAAUUAACGAUUCUGUAAAUUUAAUGUAUGAUGUGAACCGUCUAUAGCAUAGUUGAAUUAGUAGAAGUUCUUGUAUAGUAUAAAUGUUUUUCAAUACUAACUUCAAUCGUAGUAUUUACCAUAACAUAUUAUUAUACUUACUCCAUUAUAUUGUAUGAUAUCGUAUACUGUAAGUGUACAUACAAAUAAGUGCAGGUCGUGCAUAGCACAGUAGAAAAGUUGAAGAUUUAUGAAAUUAUUCAAGUAAAAAAAUUAAAUUAGUUAAUAGUUUAAGGUUAUAAUGCCAACGAAAACUAUUUUAAUGUAAAUAGCAAUAAUAAUUGAACUGUAAAUACAUAUCUUGUUUCUUGUACAAAGUUGUCGUUAAUAAUAGGAAAAUUUAAUUCUUAUAAUGUUAUGGGAAAUAAUUAAUGGCUUCUCUAAUAAUAUCACCUUCUGAAUUUUUAUCAUUUGAGUUGUUAAAAGAAUAUUGGUGUAUAUUAUAUCCCUUUAAAAUAAUUUGAGCCCUUAUUUAAAAGGGAUAUUAAAAUAUAUUGUUUUUGUUCACUAUGUUAAUUUUGUAAUAAAAAAUAUAUUAGA